ACAGCACUCAAACGGGGAGGACGUGGCGUGGAUUGAUUAGAAACAUAACUUAUUUUUUCUUUUAAAUGUUUCUAAUGUUGGAAUUAUAAAGUACAAAGCUUAGGAUAGGUUUUCAAAGAAGUCGCCGCCAUCAUGGCGUCGUCCGACGAACAAUUUUCACUAUGCUGGAACAAUUUCCAUGCGAAUAUGUCAGCAGGCUUUCAUGGCCUGCUGUCACGUGGAGAUUUGGUCGAUGUAACCUUGGCUGCCGAAGGCAGAAUUUUACAAGCACACAAAUUAGUUUUAUCCGUAUGUUCUCCAUACUUUCAAGAAAUGUUUAAAAUGAAUCCAAACCAGCAUCCGAUAGUAUUUUUAAAAGAUGUUAGUCAUUCAGCGCUAAGAGACUUAUUACAGUUUAUGUAUCAAGGUGAAGUUAAUGUUAAGCAAGAAGAAUUAGCGUCGUUUAUUAGUACCGCGGAACAACUUCAAGUUAAAGGUUUAACCGGUAACCAAAAUGAAGAAAGUUCCACGCCAUCCAAACCAAAGCCGACCUCGCGGCCAGGCCCGAGGUCGUCACAACAACGGAUAUCUGCUAAGUUAGAGACUGAUUUAGAUUCUAAGCCCUCCUUAACUCCAGUAGCAAUUAAGAGACCAAAUAGGCCAUCAAUAGCAUCAAAUAAUUCUUCAUCAUCUCAAAGUGGACCUGCAAAAAGGAAAUGUGUUGACCCAUUAGAAGCUGGACCCUCUGGUUCUACAAAAGAUGAAUUUGUGACGAUACCGGACGAAGAUGAAAACAACGCUGUGGCACCGAAAAUGGAACCUGAAUUUGUUAACGAAAGCAUGUGGGAUGAUGACGAUGAAGGCGCUAACAAUGACGAAACGAAUUUUGGCGAAGAUGACUCUAAUAUGGAAAUGUCUGGUUUUGAUGGCUCUGCGACUGGCGAUGGCAAUAUAUCUGGAGGUGGGGAGGGUGGAGCUGUUGGGGAUGCACAAGACAUUUUACCAGAAUGGAUCUCAAUAUACUAUCUAAAAAUAUCAGAGAAUGAACAGAAAUGUAAUGUAUGUGAAACAAUCAUUGAAGCUGAUGAGAAAUCUUUUACACUAUUCAAUCAUAUUAAAGAUAAUCAUAAAGAUGUUUAUGAUAUACAUAAAAACGGUACCGAAAGUUCUGUUGGGUUUCAAAUUGAGUUCCUACAUUUGUUAAAAGAUGAUGAUCCAAAAACUCAACCGAUGGUACUCGGACAAGUUUGUGAAACAAUGAUAUGUGAAAAUAAAACUGAACUUAAGAAUGUUGACGAGAAUGAAGAUUUGCAAUUUGUUUUGAUACCAACAAAAAAGAAGACAAACAAAAAAGGUGCGAACCGUAUGAUUCAUGAGAAUCGAAGACGAAGCUGGGUGUGGAAAUAUUUUAAGAAAAUGAGUAAUGUUAUAUACCGCUGUACAUUAUGUGAUGUUGUGCUAUCAAUAAAGGCAUGUAACACAAACAAUAUGAACAGGCAUGUACGAGCAAGACAUCCUAAUAUAUAUAAAACUGAAGUUGGAAUGAAAAUAGACCAAGAUUCAGAUGUUACUACUGAAGAUAUUUCAGUAAGUCAGUCUUCUCCGCAAAUCAAGGAGGAAGACCAAAAUGUUAUUGUUGAGGAAACAGAUAUGGAUGAUGCUUAUUACGAUAAUUGUUUUGCAGAGGCUUUGGGUCAGAAGCAACGACGAAGCUGGGUAUGGUCGUACUUUACUCGCGUGUCGAAAACAUUGGCACAGUGCAAACUUUGCAAACGGAACAUCUGUCAUGGUGGUAAUGCGACUGGCAACAUGAACCGACAUCUCAAGAUGGUACAUCACAAGACCGGAGGUGAGGGAAGCUUUGCAAUAGAAGACAACAGUUGGGUUUGGAAAGUGUUUGAUUGUAUUGAAGAUGAUUUUUACUCAUGUAAAAUAUGUCAAUACAAAUGUAUGAAGUUUGAAGACAUGGAGAGAAGUGUCAAUUGCAUAUUGGAACAUCUCAAAAUAGAACAUGGCGUCGUGUCUGGUGAUCAAAUCGUGAUUGAUACAGAUUUUUGAGGGUAUUUGUGAAUUUUUUUUUAUCAUAAAUUAUUAAAUAUUCAAUGUAAAUACAUU